CUCUCUCUCUCUGUUGAUUGGUUCUUAGGCCCAUUUCUUCAUGCCUUGCUCCUGAUUUCUGCACCAUGGUGUACAGAAUAUCAUUGUUGCUGCUAGUUUUCAUGGCUGCUGCCACUUCAACUGCUUCAGCAGACAAACAAACAUAUAUAGUUCACAUGGACAAGGCCAAGAUCACAGCUCUAGACAGUAUGCUUGGGAACUCCAGGAAAUGGUAUGAAGAAGUGAUGGAUUCCAUCACUGAAUUGUCAACUGAAGAAGAAGGAGGUGAAGAAGAAACAUCACCCCCUCAGCUCCUCUACGCCUAUGAAACUGCCAUUACUGGCUUUGCUGCGAAGCUCUCCACCAAGCAGUUGGAAUCCUUGAACAAAGUCGAGGGGUUCAUGUCAGCUGUCCCUGAUGAAAUCCUGAGCCUCCACACCACACACUCACCUCAGUUUCUCGGCCUGCACCCCUGGAGAGGACUAUGGUUUGCUCCCCAUUUCACCACAGACGUGAUAAUUGGUGUUAUUGAUAGUGGAAUAUGGCCUGAGCAUGUUAGCUUCCAUGACUGGGGCAUGCCACCGGUGCCCUCCCGGUGGAAGGGUGUCUGCGAGGAAGGCACAAACUUCACAUCUUCCAAAUGCAAUAAGAAGCUUAUAGGAGCAAGAGCCUUCUUCCAAGGCUAUGAGUCCAAAAGGGAAAAAAUCAAUGAAACAGAGGAUUUUCGAUCCCCCAGGGACUCCCUGGGCCAUGGAACUCACACGGCAUCUAUUGCAGCUGGCAAUGUGGUACCUGGAGCUAGCCUAUUCGGCAUGGGCAAGGGCUUCGCCAGUGGAAUGAUGUAUUCAUCAAGAAUUGCCGUUUAUAAAGCUUGUUAUGCACUUGGUUGUUUUGCCUCUGAUGUAUUAGCAGCCAUAGACCAGGCUGUUUCCGAUGGGGUUGAUGUCUUGUCCCUCUCUCUGGGAGGCCGCUCAAGGCCUUAUUAUAGUGACCCCGUAGCUAUUGCUUCUCUAGGGGCGGUCCAGAAAGGGGUUGUAGUUGCUUUCCCUGCCGGAAACUCAGGGCCUUCCGAUUUAUCUGUUUUCAAUUCAGCACCAUGGAUGAUGACCGUUGCCGCAAGCUCCAUGGAUAGAAGCUUCUCUACCAUAGUUAAACUUGGAAAUGGAGAAAUCUUUCAUGGGGCAUCUUUGUAUUCUGGCAAGUCAACUCAGCAAUUGUUGCUUGUUUACAACGAAACUGCAGGCGAGGAAGGAGCUCAGCUCUGCAAUGGAGGUACACUCUCCCCAGACCUGGUAAAAGGAAAGAUUGUUGUAUGUGACAGAGGCAAUGACAGCCCAGUUGAAAGGGGCAAUGCUGGAAAAGGGGAAGUAGUGAAAAUGGCCGGUGGAGCUGGAAUGCUACUGCUGAAUACCGAUGAGCAAGGAGAAGAACUCAUUGCUGAUCCACACAUUUUACCGGCCACCUCUCUAGGGGCUUCAGCAGCAAACUCCAUAAGAAAAUAUUUAACUUCCGGGAAUGCUACUGCCUCUAUUGUUUUCAAAGGGACAGCGUAUGGCAAUCCUGCUCCGGCAGUUGCAGCCUUCUCCUCAAGAGGCCCAGCAUUUGUAGAAGCUUAUGUGAUCAAGCCCGAUGUGACCGCCCCGGGCGUGAACAUAUUGGCCGCAUGGCCACCAACAGUGAGCCCAUCCGGGCUCCAGAGUGACAAAAGAAGCGUUACAUUUAAUGUUCUCUCCGGGACAUCCAUGUCUUGCCCCCAUGUUAGCGGCAUAGCUGCGCUUCUCAAAUCAGUACACAAAGAUUGGUCACCCGCCGCCAUCAAGUCAGCCCUGAUGACAACUGCUUACACCCAAAACAACAAGUGGGCUCCAAUUUUGGAUUUGGGGUUUAAUGGCUCGGAAUCAGCCAACCCAUUUGCAUAUGGAUCAGGCCAUGUUGAUCCCAUGAGAGCCUCUAAUCCAGGGCUAAUUUAUGACAUUACCCAUGAGGACUAUCUCAACUAUUUGUGCAGCCUUAAGUACACCCCUGAACAGAUGGCUCUGGUUCUAAGGGAAAGCUUCACUUGCCCAAAUGACACAGUUCUUCAGCCCGGGGACUUGAACUACCCUUCAUUUGCAGUAGUUUUCGAUAGUGAUGUCCUGAACAACAGCGCCACAUACAGAAGAACUGUAACAAAUGUUGGGCUUCCUUGCAGUACAUAUGUGGUAAGGGUGCAAGAGCCUGAAGGGGUGUCAGUCAGGGUUGAGCCUAGUGUUCUAAAAUUUAGACAUCUCAAUCAGAGGCUGAGUUACAGGGUGAGUUUUGUUGCAGAGAGAGAAAGCUCAAGUUCAGGCGAUGCGGUCUUCGGAUCUCUGUCUUGGGUCUUCUGGAAAUAUACAGUCAGGAGCCCUAUUGCAGUGACUUGGCAGCAGCCUGAAGACUACUGAUUGAAUUUGACACACCUUCAUACUGAUACAACUAGGGUUUUAUGAAUUUAUGAAAAAUAAACUUACUGAAAAAGAGGUAGAAGUCUAAGCUUAUGUCUCAUUCACAAAUUUCAUUUCCCAAAGUUUGCAUUAUGCCCAUCAAAAUUUUGUAGCAAUCAUCAUGGCCUUACUCUGUUUUCCUCUGUUAUAAUAAUGGAAAUGAUUGAAGGUGUUUGAUUUUGGA